UCGAGUGGUGAUGGUCAGAGGUAUGAUACCGUCACAACUGGCGAGAGUGAAAUCGAUAUGAUCCAGAAAGCCUUACCUGAGAGGCUGCGAAGUAAAUACGCUGUUGCUUUAAGUGACGCUGGAAGAGUGGAUACAUGGGAGCCUGUUUUUGCUGGUCGGGGAUCUCACAUUUCUGUUAAAAAGCAGUCACGCGGCACGAAGCUUCGUCUGGUUCAGCUCAUUGACGGCUUCAAUAGUGAUAGAGUGUGGCGGGAACUAAAGGAGGGCUCGUUUGGCUCGUGGAUGUCUAGAAUUGACGGUUGUUACUACCAACCGAUCACCACGAUAGCAUAUGAUGAUGAUACGAGCAUCACUACUGACUACGCUAGCUUGUUCGUUGAGGAUGAGUACUUUUCGCGGAUUAAGAUGCAUGUGGAUUUGGUUCGAGCCCUGAUCGAUAAAAGAAAGCAAAUUGUGGCGACGACCUCGGAAGAAUCUUUCGAGGGAGUGGGAAAACGGGUUGAAGUGGAUUAUAUGUUUUGGACAGUCGAAGAUCUACCGAAUGGUCGUGGCAGUGCGAUAACGUGUAUUGUAAGUAUCGCUCCGCCGGAGAACCAAAAAGACAUUUCGGUCCAACGGGUCAUGAAAUAUCUUCUGCCGAAUCUUCGCUGUGCGCGAAGUGUUGUAACUAGGAUCUUCAAGGGUCGGUAUAAUCGUUCAGGGAACCCUUUUCAUGAUGUAUGGUUUCGCCAUAUCUGGAAACUGGAAGAUUUCUUAAACAGUGCGGUGAAGAAAUGCGACUUUUUACCAGGCAGAAAUGAUCCGUGCAGCUUCGAGUAUAGCUUAACCAGUGGCAAAGCUCGUGAUAGGAAAUCAGGUUGCAUGUCAGGUCAAAAGAUAUCUGAAACUGAAGAAACGAAUAGGGUUCUUGAAAUGCAAACGCGCAUUGAAAAGACUGCUGCUGAGACUGGCCAAGUAUGUCCGACCGAAUCGGAGUGCCGACGGUUCCUCGAGGCAUCAGGAUGGGAGGUGGAUGCGGCGUUUGCGAAAUUGCGAGAUACUCUAGCGUGGCGGUUGACCACUUUCGGGAUCGGCCACCCACCACGUGGCAUUGAUCCAGAUUCAAUUUCGGCGGAGCGACGCAAAGGUUCACUUUACCUCCGUGGACGAGAUAAAUUGAAGAGGCCGAUUCUUGUCUUCAGAGCACGCCUAUAUGAACCCCGACAAACAAAUUUACUGGAGUAUGAGAGGUAUCUUGUGUACUGCAUAGAAAGAUGUAUAUCGAAGUUGGUGAAUGAGGGUUCGAAGAAGGAGACCCAGGAGCUGACUGUAUUGGCCGAUAUGAGUGGAUGUGGAUACAAUAAUUUCGAUGUUCCUUCGACCAAGUCAGUAGUGAAAUUACUAGCGGGUCGAUACCCUGGGCGUAUUGGAUGUGUAUGGGUGACGAAUCUCAACUGGGCUGGCAAGCAAUUUUGGAGCAUUAUUCGACCUUUUUUCUCUGAGGAAACGCUCUCGAGGCUACAAUUGGUACCGCGAGACGAUCCGGUGGGGCAUCUCAGUCGUUUUAUCGACCCGAAAAAUAUCCCUGCAUUUUGUGGUGGUAUCGACUCCUAUGUGUACAGUAUAGAAAAUGACGACCUGUUCUCUGAUGACGAAGAAGUCAUUGAUUGAAAUUCACGGAUCUAUCAAGUGAAUCGUAUAUUA